AUAACACUGCAAAAAAUUACUGCCUGUGAAUUAAGCUGCAUUAUUCAACUCGGAAUCGGUACCAUGUUUAUGUUCGUUGGCCUGGAUACGCACAGCUUCAUCCUAGAGUCUGUUUUACAUUCAGUUAACUCACGAGAUCCAAAUCGAAUUGAUAAAUAUGCUGGCUACUACGGCCAAGCAUGCUCGUACAUAACUUUCGCUUUGACUAAUCUCUUCGCUCCGUCGCUAAUACGAAGUUAUGAUCCAAAAUGGUCAGUUUUCAUUGGCAGCAUUUUCAGUACAAUUUAUUAUACCGGUUUUCAGUACAUCAGCAGUUAUUACUUUUACACUUCGGCAGUUCUACUUGGAAUAGGUUCUGCGGGUACGUCUGAAACUCAAACAUGUUGUAUUAAAAAGCUCUCCUCUUAUAGUUACAUUUACUUGAAAUUAAACGACAUAAGCCAUUCUUUCUUGAUUUUUUUGAUUUAG